AGCGCUCACAUCGACUGCAGCUGGUUCAAGCCGAAACUGCUUCACUCUGCGACUCAGUCUUCUGCAAAUUACUGGAAGCUGUCAGGUAAAAAGGAUGUCGGCUGUUAAGAUGACAGAGGGGAGCGUGCAGCUGGAGUGCUGCAAAGCGCCGCUCUUCUACAGGCAGAGUGAACCCGCCUCAGGGGAAGCGAAGAUGUCCGUGUUACUCCUUCACGGCAUCCGUUUCACUUCAGAAAACUGGCUCAGCAUCGGCACGCUGGACACUCUGGCCAAAGCGGGCUGUCGUGCCGUGGCCAUCGACCUGCCAGGACUCGGCCGGUCUAAGGCAGCCAAGGCCCUGGCACCGAUUGGAGAGCUAAACCCAGCAGGCUUCCUGAAGGAGGUGUGCGAGCAGCUGAACCUGAGCUCGGUGGUGUUGAUCAGCCCGUCCCUCAGCGGGAGUUACUCCCUCCCUUUCCUCUUCCAGCACCAGGCCCUGGUCCGAGCCUACAUCCCCGUGGCUCCCAUCUGCAGUGACAAAUUCACAGCAGAGCAGUACCAGAGUGUGAAGGUCCCGACGCUGAUCGUUUAUGGUGACCAGGACACCGAGCUCGGAGAACUGUCACUCAGCAACCUGCGCAAUCUGGCCAAUCACAGCGUGGUGGUGAUGAAAGGAGCGGGUCACCCCUGUUACCUGGACGACCCGGACACUUGGCACAAAGCUCUCACAGACUUCCUUAAUACGCUGUGAAGCUCUUCGCUGUGUAUCAGUCACACAUAAGUGACUCAGAGAAGCCACACAAAUAAACACAUUAUUCAUUCAUGAGAAAUUUAGGCCACAGACGUCCUCCUGCAUGGCCUCAUUCUGGCUUUUUAAAUAGCGUCAGUAAUGAAACUGCAAAUCAAGUCUUUUCUAAUGAUGAGAGGAGACGAGGUGCAAACUUCUAAAGGAACAGUUUGACGUUUUGAGAAAUACGCUUGGAAGACGGUCUAUAUGCUAAAUAUGAAGCCACCGCUAUCAGCCAGCUAACUUAGCUUAGCAUAAAGACUGGACACAGAGGGAAACAUCUAGCCUAGCUCUAUCAAAUGGUGCAUUCAUGAUGUGUUAGAACAAUUGGAAAAUUAGUUCCCAACUGGGAGAAUUCACUUGAACGCCCCCGUAAGUCGAGCAACAACACUUUGGCACACGACUUGUUGGCUUUGAUGUCACACAUGCAGAAACAUGCCGGACUAAAGUAAAUGUUUGCUUGAUGUAAGAAACUUUUUUUAUCAAAUCAAAUCAAAAAAUGUAUUUGCAGAUGAAUUUUUUGCUCACUCGCAAUUUGUAGUAUGGUAUUGGGUUGUAAUGCUUAGCUGCGAUUAAUGAGAGACGUUAAUUGUUAGCAUUAAGCCUGAGAAUGCUGUUUCCAUAUUAUGACAUAGAACACACCUAGUUGAACUUCCAGAGCAGCACAUGAAUGCAGAUAUUUAACAAGUGGUAUCAAUCGUUUCAUCAUGGAAAGAACACAAAUUAGCGUAUUUACCAAGAUGUCAAAUUUUCCUUUAAUACCAUGAAAACUACUAUUGUAAUCUAAUUAGCAGUAAAGCUGUGAUUGAGCUGCUUCAUUUGAUAUAGAAUGAAAGGAAUCUCCGCCUUUAUCUGAUGGAAAAACAAACCACCACACGCUGAAAUGAAGUGAAAAAUAUGAACAUUAUUUAAUAACUGAUUCUCUGUAAUAAACAAUUUGAAAAUAUUUUACAAGGAGUCACAGACACAAUAUUUUACAAAUUUUGCCCUCUUUUUUUGUUU